GCUCUCUGUAAAGUGUUAGCUCACCGCUCCCUGCCUCAGUUUCAUUCCCGUGAGAAAUGACUUUCAGCUUCAGUGUUUCAGCGUCUGUCAGUCAGUCUGUCUGUCUUCCACGUGUUGCGCUGCGCGUCUCGCGUCCUGGUGGUUGACUCACCGGGAAGUUUCGAUGCUCAGGGAACAACAGCACAAACCAGAGCCCUGACAGGAGCCGCGAGCGGACCGGACUUUUCCAUGUUUCACACAAAUUAACCAACAGCAGAUUGUGCUGAAGUGUUCUGAGGCAGGUAGAGUGACCGAACGCUGUAAACUGCGAAAGCAGGUGAGGGGGUGCCAUGCCAGCUGCUGCUCCCCUGUUGCUGCUCCUUGCCAUCUUGUGGUGGCCUCUGGUACUGCCUCUGGCCCCCGGUCAUCUUCAGAGCCCCCCUACAUUCAUCACCCUUAAUGGCUCCCGCCUCAAUCACCUCCUGCUCGACACCCAUUCGGGCCACGUCUAUGUGGGGGCGGUAAAUGUGCUCUAUCACCUCUCCCCAGACUUGCAGCUGCUCUCCUGGGGCAAAACAGGGCCUAAACUGGACAGCCCGGACUGCCUACCCCCCAUUGACCCCACCGAUUGCACCCAGGCGGAAACCACGGACAACACCAACAAGCUUCUGUUGCUGGAAGAGGUCAAAGAAAAACCAGUCAGUCUGAUCGUGUGCGGGACGGUCCUGCAGGGCAUCUGCGAGAAGCGAAGCUUGGAGAACGUCUCUCAGGUGCUGUACAAGACUGACAACCCCGUGGACACGCAGUAUGUGGCAGCAAACGACCCUCGAGUGUCCACGGUUGGUGUGGUGGUGGAGCAGAAAGACGUUAUGCUUAUGCUUGUUGGGCGGGGCUACACCAGUAAAGGACCUGGUGGGAUCCCGCCAAUCACGAUGCGACGCUUAACCCCAGUUGCCCGACACUCUGCACCAGCAUUUUCCCAUGAAGAACUUGGAAAGCUGGUUGUCGGUAGCUACUCUGAAUACAACAACCACUUUGUGAAGGCUUUUCCUCACAACCACUAUGUCUAUUUUGUGUUCUCUCGGCGUGACGUGUGGGGCAAACGAGAGUAUCGGACAUAUGUUUCAAGACUCUGUGCAGGAGACCCCAAUUUCUACUCUUAUGUGGAGGUGCCGCUUUUCUGCGGCGGAGGAUACAAUCUGGCACAGGCGGCUGUACUUGGCUAUCACCGUGACCAACCCACACUGUUUGUGGCUAUGGCCAUGGGGCAGGCGUCGACUCCCACACCCACAGACCGGUCGGCUCUUUGUGUGUAUAAGGUGGAGGAGCUGGAUAAAGCCCUACAUGGUGCCCAGCUACUGUGUUAUACACAGGAGGGCAAAGAUGCCAACAACAUGGAGAAGGCGUAUAUAGAGUAUGAAGUGUCCUCCAAUUGUCUGAAGCUCCCGCAGGACUCUCUGAUUAAGUACCCAUGCGGAGGUGAACACACACCCAGCCCCAUCGCCAGCGCCAUUGCUCUUGAGGCCACACCCACUUUCACCUGGAAUCCUCUCAUCACUGCUGUCACAACAGCAACUGAAGUUGGCCACACCAUAGUACUGCUAGGAGACAAAAAUGGAAGGCUGCACAAGGUGUUCUUGCAUGCAAAUGGUACCGGUACUAAAUAUGACACAGUGGAGGUGGAUGCAGAGAGUCCCAUUAACGCUGACCUGUUGUUGGACUCCACCAAACAAAACGUCUACGUAUUAACUGAAAGAAAGGUUACAAAGCUCCAUAUCGCUCAGUGUGAGAAGCAUUUAGACUGCCACUCCUGUCUGUCUAAUAGAGAUCCCUACUGCGGCUGGUGUUUGCUGGAGGGCAGAUGCACAAGGAAGAUGGACUGUACACGGCACGCUCAGCCUCACCACUGGAUCUGGAGCUACAGCCGUGAGCGCCAGUGUGUGUCCAUAGAGAGUCUACAACCCUCCAUCCUGAGCAGAGAAGAGCAGACACAGGUCUCUUUCACAGUUCUACAGUUGCCGGUCUUGUCAAAGGAUGAGUCUCUAUCUUGCGCUUUUGGGAGUUUGGCUGCUCAGCCUGCGGUUGUCAUGGAGAACAGAAUCACAUGUCAAUCACCGGCUCCAGAGCAGCUCCCCCCGAGUCCGCCAGGCAACGAUCACGUAUCUGUACGAAUGGCGCUGAAGUUUGGAGACGUGAUCAUCUCUCAUACAAAUAUCACCUUUUAUGAUUGUAAAGCAGUCGGACGACUCAACGCAACCUCGCCGUGCAUGGCGUGUGUUAGCAGUAUGUGGCCGUGUCAUUGGUGUGUGAAGGAUGAGCUCUGCACUCAUGAUAAGAGCUGCCCUCGUCAGCACAUCAUCUAUAACAGCAGGGAGCAGUCAAUGCCCCGUGGGCCCGACUCUUGCCCCUGCGUCUGGGCCCUGCAGAGCUUCCCUCUGGUUCCUGUUGGCUUUGACACUGAGCUCUCUCUGCAGGGCAAAAACCUGGACAUAUUCGAGGAUGAGAAAGAUUAUGCUUGCGUGCUGGUCAUCGAAGGCCAGGAGCUGCGCUUGCCGGCCACGUUGGACCGCAGCAAAGAGACGGGGACGCAUGUGUUCAAGUGUGCCACUCAUCAGUUUCAGUACUCAGGAAAGCAGUUUGAAUAUUCCGCUCCUGUAUAUCUGCAAUGGGGGAUGCAGCGUAUAGACACAGCACCACAUCUCCGCUUGCAGCUGUAUGACUGCUCAGUGGGACAGUCCGACUGCAGCCAGUGUCGAGCGGUUGCUGCCAAUUACGGAUGCGUGUGGUGUGCCGAUGAAACCCCCGGCUGUGUGUAUAACCAAUCCUGCACCAGUGGAACCACGGACACCUGUCCUGCUCCUGUAGUUACUGAGGUCGAGCCGCUGACUGGGCCACUGGAGGGUGGCAUCCUGCUGACUAUCCAGGGAUCGAAUCUGGGUCAGAGCUUCCAGGACAUCCAGGCAGGAGUUACAGUGGCAGGGGUGACCUGCACACCUCUGCCUGAAGCCUAUCGCAUUUCCACCAGUAUUGUGUGUGAGCUCCAGGCCUGCGCAAAUGUCAUAGCCGGACCGGUCGUCGUCACCGUCGGAGGUUCAGAGAAAGGAGAGUCCCAGCAGACAUUCUCAUAUCAGAAUCCACAGCUGAGCAGGAUUGUACCGGAAAAAGGGCCUUUAGCUGGGGGCACGAUGUUAACGGUCCAUGGGUCGCAGCUCCUGACGGGACAACGAACAGAACAAAGAAGUGACCAAAUCACUGGGCUGCAGGCCUUUUUGGGCUCAAAGCCCUGUCGCAUCAAUGAAGUGAGUGACACAUGGCUGAUUUGUCGCACCAGUCACUCCAAUCAAACAGGAAGAGUGCCAGUUAAAGUAGUGUUUGGAAAAGCCGAGAGGAUUUUGGAAAGUGUUCUUUUCAGCUAUAUGGAAGACCCAGUGAUUACUGAUGCAACACCUAUGGAGAGUUUCUACGGGGGUGGGCGUCUUAUAUAUGUGACCGGCCAAAACCUGAAUGUGGUUCAGCAGCCGAAGAUGUCAGUCUCUUAUGAGCCUAGAGAGAGGUCCGAAGUCAGAAGACGUCGACACACCAAUGUUUCUGUCAGGAAUCCCUUGGUUAUGAUUCAGGAGUUGUGCACCAAUGUGACCUCGGAGAGGAUGAUUUGCAAGAGCCCUCUGGUGGAGCCGAAAUCCAGGAUAGUGCGAGUGUGGUUCGAGAUGGACAAUGUGCACAUCGACUUUCCCAGCAUCAAGAACAAGACGUUCACAUACCACCCAAACCCAGACUUAUUCCAGCUCAACAGUGAGUCCCGAGGAACACCCAUCCGAUUCAAACCUGGAGGAGUCCUGGCAGUAGAGGGUAAGGGACUGACCCUGGCUAUGAGGAAAGAGGAAGUUGUGGCCCGGCUCGGGGACAAAGAGUGUGAUGUCAAGACUCUGGAUAACACACACCUGUACUGUGAACCACCUGAGGAACAGCCUCUCGCCCUGGACGACAGUGACUUACCCACACUGAAGGUGUUAAUGGGAAGCCUGGCGUUUGACUUGGGUCCAGUGGAGUAUGACAAUGAUUCACACUCAUCGGUGCCUCUGGCAGCUCAGAUCGGUCUGGCAGCGGGGGCCGCGGUGGUCGUUCUCAUCGUGCUGGUUAUCAUUCUCAUGUACAGGCGGAAGAGUAAACAAGCUCUGAGAGACUAUAAAAAGGUUCUGGUGCAGCUGGAGACUCUGGAGAUAAAUGUUGGAGACCAGUGCAGGAAAGAGUUCACUGAUCUGAUGACAGAGAUGAUGGAUUUGAGCAGUGAUGUUGGUGGUCCUGGCAUCCCCUUUCUGGAUUACCGCACGUAUGCAGAGCGUGUUUUCUUCCCCGGCCAGAAGGGUGCGCCGCUGAGUCAGAAUCUGGAUUUGCCUGAUUCUCGCAGACAGACAGUGGAGCAGGGUCUGGGUCAGCUCAACAACCUGCUCAACAACAGACUCUUCCUUAUACGGUUCAUUCAUACUCUGGAGGCACAGCAGAGCUUCUCGCAAAGGGACAGAGGUUACGUCGCGUCUCUUCUCACGAUGGCCCUUCAUGAUAAGCUGGAAUACUUCACGGAUGUCAUGAAGACCCUGCUGGGGGAUCUAAUGGAGCAAUACGUGGCCAAAAACCCCAAACUCAUGCUGCGCAGGACAGAGACUGUUGUGGAGAAGAUGCUGACCAACUGGAUGUCCAUCUGUCUCUACUCAUUUCUUAAGGAGGUUGCUGGUGAGCCUCUCUACAAGUUGUACAGGGCUAUUAAAUACCAGGUUGAUAAAGGACCAGUGGAUGUAGUGACGGGCAAAGCCAAACGCACGCUCAACGACAGCCACCUGCUCCGAGAGGACAUUGACUACUGCUCAGUGACUCUGACUGUGCUGGUGAAGAGCGGUGUCGAGGUCCAGCCCUGUCCGGUUAAAGUUCUGGACUCUGACACCAUCACUCAGGUUAAAGAUAAAAUCCUGGACCAGAUUUAUAAAGGAGCACCAUACUCCCAAAGACCAGCCGCAGACUCCCUGGACCUUGAGUGGCGAUCAGGCCAGGCGGGUCACCUGACUCUUUCUGAUGAUGAUGUCACAGCCAUCGUUCAGGGUCGCUGGAAACGGAUCAACACCUUACAGCACUACAAGGUGCCUGACGGGGCCACUGUGGCGCUCAUCCCUCGUUCCCAGAGUUCUCUUGGAGUAAAUCAGUUUUAUCAGACUGGAGAGAAAACUCCCAUGCUGGAGGGAGAGGAGGAGGAAGGUCUUCGUCUGUGGCAUCUGGUGAAGCCGAGCGAGGACCCCGAGAUCCCCAAACACAGGAAGAGCAGCAUGAGAGAGAGGGAGCGGGCAAAAGCCAUUCCUGAGAUCUACCUUACACGACUGCUUUCUAUGAAGGGCACUCUGCAGAAGUUUGUAGAUGAUGUCUUUGUAGCCAUACUGAGUAGGAAACGGCCUCCACCCAUCGCUGUCAGAUUCUUCUUUGACUUCCUGGAUGACAUGGCAGAAAAACACGGGAUUGACGACCCAGAGACCGUUCACAUAUGGAAAACAAACAGUUUACCUUUGCGUUUCUGGGUCAACAUCUUGAAGAAUCCUCAGUUCGUCUUUGACGUGCAGGUGACGGAUAGUGUGGAUGCUGUCCUUUCCGUUAUCGCACAGACCUUCAUUGAUUCCUGCACUACAUCUGAACACAAAGUGGGCCGGGAUUCUCCAGUGAAUAAGCUGUUGUACGCCCGAGAAAUCCCACGAUACAAGCAGCUGGUGGAGAGGUACUACAGUGAUAUUCAUAACGCCGUGUCUGGCUGUUACCAGGAAAUGAAUUCAACCCUCACAGAGCUGUCAGGGAGCUUUGCAUCCGAGAUGAACAGUUUGGUGGCGUUGCAUGAGCUGUACAAGUAUAUCAACAAAUACUACGAUCAGAUUAUCAUGUCUCUGGAAGAAGACGCUGCGGGUCAGAAGAUGCAGUUGGCGUAUCGGCUUCAGCAGGUCGCCGCCCUGGUGGAGAAUAAAGUUACUGACCUUUAGGCUUUGACCUUUCACCUUGCCAUCUAAGCUCAUCAAUAAUCACGUCUUAUCUCAUGUGAUCAGCUGAUGAAAUGCAACCACUGCGCCAAACACUCGUGUGCUUCCACAACCAUUCACAUAAACUACCUGCAUAUUCUUAACAAAAGGGAACAGGAAAUGAAGUAAUGAUCACUUUCUUUCGAUAAAACCUUAAUGGGAAAUUGCUUUUCAGACUGAGGCUCUGAACAAUUCACAGGAGUAUUGGCUGACAGGAAGUGUGUGUGUGUGUGUGUGUGUGUGUGCAUGGUUAAUUGUGAUUUGUUUGUCUGAAAGGCUCUGCUGUAUAUAUGAAGUUUACCUAAUUCAAAUUUUAAUGACACUACUGAAGCAGCUCUCACAUAUUGUGACAUGCUGAGACACAUUUUAUACCAUUUCUAUUUCCAUUCAAGUGAUCACGUGCACUGUAUGGAGUUUUAUGAACUGAUUCAACGAAACUGUACGGUCAUCUUAGCACUGCGGACAAAUCCCACAUUUACUUCGACUGUACGUGGAGUAUUUCGUUCCAGGUUUAGAAAUGUUCCACUCCUAAACAAUCAAAGCCCAGACUCAAAGACGGUCCUUGGCCGUGUUGUGUUAACCUUUAAUGCUAACAUUUCUACAUUAGUAUUUUAGAUCAAAACAAGUGUUACGCUUUUACAGGGACUGUAGAGUAAGUCUAUGUACACAAGUGCCAUAAGUUAUAAGAGCACAAUAUUUGUGUGCACGUUAUUGUGUAGCUUUAGGUGUGCAUGCAAAAA